AUGAAACUAUGCGGAAUAUAUAAGCUUCAAGGUAGUAAUAGGGUGAAGUACAGUAAUCAAACUAAUGAAAAUGAGAAACAUAUAGACCUUUCAAAACCUACAAAAAAUAAUCCAAAUUUAUAUGUUUUUGUUACAACAUUUGAAAAUAAGUAUAACCAUGAAAUGUGUUCCGAAAUACUGCAGUUCGAAAAGCUAAAGGCAUUUACAAAUGAGAUUAAGGAAAACACUGAGUUUUAUGUAAAAGAAUGUAAUUUUGGUGCAACAAUAAUUAGACAAAUUUUUUAA